AAAUAGAGAAUGAUCUUGCCAAAGUGGUUGUUGAAACUGCAUAUCAUUCAGAUGAACUAUUUGAAAUGGAUAUCAAACUCGCAAAGAAGGAAAAAAACAAAAAAAGUUUAUAUACUGAAGUUGAAGAUGAUUAUG